AGGCGGCUCUGACUCCGAGAGCCGCUAGUCAGCUCCACGGGGACCUCUGUGCACGGAUGGACCCGCCUGGACGCGGCGGGAAGCGGCCUGGCAGGCGGCGGGCCCGGCGGAGGCAGGACGGGGCCGGGGUCACGGGCCGCUGAGGCGUGUGGGCCCAGCACGCCCGGCGGCAGCACCAUGAUGCCGGGCGAGACGCGGUCGGCGGCGUCCGGGACGGCAGCGGAGCGCUCGCGGUGCCAGGGCUGCGCCUCCCUGCAGCAAAAUUUAAAUGAAUAUGUCGAUGCAUUAAUUACCUUGAAGCAAAAGAUUAUUAAUACAGAUAAUUUAUUAACAGAAUAUCAGAAGAAAUGUGAUGAGCUGCAGUUCGCCAGGAGAGAGAAUAGUACUCUUCAUCACCAAGUGGAACAGAUGCUUCAAAAAAUUUCACCUCUGCAGAAAUGUCAGGAAGAGCUGGGGUCUUUAAAAGCAGAGCUCGAGGAGAAAAAGAGUUCCCUUAAAUUGUAUCAAGAAACACACCAGGAAUACGCUCGUGUGAAAGAAGAGUGCUUGAAGAGUGACGCUCAGAAGAAGAAACUCGAAGCCAAGGUGAAGAAACUGGAAGAUGCCGCCUCCAAGCAAAGUCAGGACUUCAAGCAACUGAGAAAUGAGAAGAAAGUGCUUGAAAAGGAAUUUAAGAAAACACAGGAAAAACUUGAUGAGUUUUCUAAACAGAAGAAUGAAAAAGAGUUGAGACAUAUUGGAACACAAAUUUCAAGUGAUUCAUAUGGAAGCAUUGAUAAAAGAAAGGUGAAAUUGCUGCUCAAGGAGCUCUGGCUCUGCAUCAACACAGCCCAGGGGCUCCCAGCGACAGUUGGUGACUCCAUCCCAGCCGUUUCCGUCCGAGAACAUUUGAAGAGAAAGAAGCUGGAGGAGGUACAAGCAGUGGAGCCGUUUCUGACAGCGGGCAAUUUUCCUGCCUGUAAAAACAUGGAAGAGGACAGGCCCAGCGGAAUGAGUCACCGAGGUGCAGACAGGAAUCCUGAGACUGUCACUGCAAGUCAGAGCAGCAGAACCAUGGGCUUUUCUUACCACAACCCUUGCUUUGAUGAAGAUCUUCAGGCUGCAAUGGACUUCUUCCGGCUGCCCCCUCCUCUCCUGUCCCCGGUGCCCUCGCCACCCCUGCUGGCCUUGCCCCACCUGAGGCCCUUGGCAUCACUGAGAACUGUGAGUCCUGAACCCUGCUACGGCGAACCCAUGGACUCCAGCGAGGAUGACUGGACUCAGCACUUGAGCUCCACCGACGGUGCUGCAGAGGAAGAUUCCACUGAGCCACCCAACUAUUUUGGCUCAUUUAUAAGAAAUAAAGGAAGCGGCACCCUAUUUGAACAGCCUGCACCCCAUGUACACCUGCAGGUUACUAACACGCCAGCUGUAAAUGAGGUACCCACAUCUGAGUCCAGAGCCUCUCCGGCAGUGCUGCGGCAUCCUCCAGCCUUGUCCUCUUUGGCCAUGUCAUCUCAUUUCCUGGGUGCUGAGAAAGCAGAUGUAGAGGAAGCAAAAAUACAGGUCACGGUUAAGGAGGUGGAUAAGGCGGUGCAGACAGAUGGCCCCGUUUUCCAGACCUCUAGUCCUCGGGGCAUCAGUGAGUUCAGCAGUGACUCAGCUGCUGCGGGCCUGUCAGGUUUGUGUCCUUCUCCCCUGAGCAGAAGGCCACCACCAAGUGAACUUAGCGACUCUGGAAGAGAAACCCUCUUAUCCAAGUUAAUAACAUCCCCCCAGGCAGAGCCUACCAGGCAGAUGGGAAGUAAGGAAAUAGCUUCUGAAUCCGACAAGGCAUGCGACAUUUCUGAGCUCUUCUACAGGGUAUCCCAAGAACUGAACAGAGGAGGUGAGCAAGUAAGAGGGCGCCUGGUCGACUUUCCAGAGUCAGAGGACGAGAGUGCAGAGAACACCACCGAUGCCUCAGGGCAGGAUGUGGACGCUGGUUUCUCGCCCUCCUUUACCUCCAGAGCAUUGUCUGUUUGCAGUGGUCCCCAGGCUUCCUCGGGACCGGAGAGUGAUGACCGUGUCUGUGCUCCAUCCAGGGGAGUCUUUGCUGAAGUGCCUCCUGCAGAACAGAGACCUCCCUUGGCAGCAUCCAGCUGCAGCAGCCUGCAGUCCAAGCUUGCCCCUGAGCCUGAGAGUGAGCUGGAGAAGAGCCUGCUUGCUUUGAAAGCUGAGUUAAGAGUGUCUAAUUUCAGCAGUCAGAAGAGCAGUGCAAUUGAACACCCAAAGAUGGCAAAAAGCACCAAAACAUAUCCACUCCCUCAGCCAGUGUUUGGGAAAGCUACAGGAGAUGAACAGCAUGUGGGAGAAAGCUCCAGAACUGAGCAUCCACUCCCUAUGUUCGACUCCCAGUCGGCAGCAGGUGCCCUGGAGGGCUUGGCCAAGCCUGCCGUUGGUUUUGGCGAAAGCUCUUCACAGCUCCACAGUGAUGUGCUGCGGAGGAACAGUGAAGGAAGUCUGCGAGCUAACUCAGAACACGGACAAGAGACAGCACAAUCAAGAGAAGACGGCAAGUCUGAACGCAGCUCUGAACUCUGUGCGGGGUGUACUUCUGUGAGGUUCAGUCCUGCUUCAAUGCUGCUGAAUCAAGUGUCAGUUAUCACAAAACAGGCAAAAUCCGAGCUGGACGCCAGCACUCCCGCGGAAGCCUUCCCUGCGCCCCGGAGUGCGCCUGCCUUAGCCGUGGACAGCGGCAGCGCCUGGGCCGCUCCUCACGCUGCCUUGCCACUGUGUGGUGGAGAAGAGGAGGGACACGCACACGAGGGUGACGAAGGGGCCACUGAGGAGACCACAUCGCCGGGAGGUUCCCCCACAGCUGGGCAGGGGGAUCCCAAGUCUCCAGGUAGUCGUCGACCAGCAGAAGGUUCUCCUUGUUCCACAAAUUGUCGGUUGUCUUUCUCUUUAGAAAACAUGCCAAUCAAACACCUCGACACUGUGAUGGAAGCUUCCGGCCAGGAGGACUUGGAGGAGCCAGGCCAGCCCCUUCCUCCUACACCCCCGGCCAAGUUCAGAGUGAAUUUUCAUAAGCUUUCAGCCAGAGAAACCACCCCAGCGUGGACCUUCGCCUCCGAGGAAGCAUCCCAAGGGCACACAGGGACCUCUUGCCCUGAGCCCACUGCUGCUUCCCGCGGUUCUCCGCGUCGCCUUCAGAAUUUCAGCAUGCCACUGAGCCUGCAAUCCAAAACUCCCCGGGGAUCGUCUUCUGAUGAUUUGGCUACCAAUAGCAUUGCUUCACUCCCUGCUUUUGGCAGGAAAGAUGGAGAGACGCAGACUCUUAGCCAGAGUGGAUUGCUUGACCCCUUGUGUUGCUACACUGGCCUUCGAGAGAGGGUCGAGGAGGACACGGAGGUAGAGGAGAGUUCGGCCUUCAGCUGUAGUGAGGCUGAAAGUGACCCCGGACCUGUGCUGGAGGGUGGACAGCAGGAAGCUCGCCACCGAGCUCUCACCCACUCAGCAGACACAGAGGUCAGUGCAGCACAGACGGGGCCUGCUGCAGAGGUGGGCCAGCUGACCUCGGCUCUGCAAGACGUCAACCUCAGUGCUCUUUCUGACAUAGAUGCACUGUCUACGUCAGAAGUGGUGAGCUUCCUCGAAAGUUGUCAGUUAAGAGAUUACAGUUCAGGGGACUGCGCUUCAGAAUGUUCUGGUAAAGGAGCCCUGACUAAGGAGAUGAGCAGGGAGCUAAAGGGAAGUGAAUUCUCAGGAGAACAGCUCGAAAAGGGUGAGGAAGAAGUCCCUGACACCUGUGAAGGAUCCUUCAUCUUGGACGAGGAUUAUGAUCCUCUGGCAAACACCAGCUUGCUUCAGUGUUCUCUGGAAACACUCUCUGAGGUUCUCACCACAAUGGGGCCAGAACUGCAAGCCCAUUGUGAGGACAGCAACGCUAGUGAGAGUGGGAAUCUCUUGUUCUUAGAUCUGCACACCACCACCACAGAGGAGGGUGGAAAAGGAGGAGAUACGCCCCUAGAAACUGACAUCUCCCCACCUGACACUUCAGAACUUCCUCCACUAACAGACUCACGUAGUCCUCCCCCAAGGGAUGAGCCUCCCGAUGAGGCCUGUGGGGACAUACCUGAGGAUGACCUGGGUGCGGCCAGGCAGGACGAGGGGCUGGCCGAGGGCCGGCUGACUCCCAUAGAACCAGAGCCCCUGGACUCCUGCUUGGCCUCGGAGCAGCGGGCCCCUGAGCAGAAGUCUGAUGGGAUUCCACGUCAGCUCUCAGCAACAACCUCCAAAGUCAUCAGUGUGCUCAUAAAUAAGGAUCAGAGCAUAGUGAUUGGAGAAGGGGACAACUGGACAGUCCUAAAUGGUGUGGCCGUCGUGCCACGCGUAGACCAGGUCAUCCUGUGCGACACCUCUGGGGACACCCAGGCUGCUGCAGAUCAGGAAGGAGAGGAAGCCAGUUCUCUGGUGGCCAGUUCUGUAGAGAAGUCCUCAGGAGUCCCUGAGGGGGACUCUCCGUUCCAGGAGCCUCAGGGUGGCGGGCAUCCUUCAUGCACCCAGGAGGACGCUCCCAGCAGUGGUUUGAGUGCCAACUUUGACAAGAGCCGGCUGCGCAACAGACCUGUUAAACCGAGUGUGCGGAUCAGCUCGCUGAUCUACAGUCAGGACUUUGAGUCUCAGGAUUUUGAGUCUCAGGUGAUUGCAUCUGACCACACGUAUUACAACUCAAGACUUGAGCCCUGCAGCAAGAAUAAAAAUCGGGCAAAAAUUCCCAGCAAAGACCCAUCAGCUAAACCGGGAAAGACCUCAGUUACAAGCCGAACCGAAAGUAAUCAGAGUGAGGCUUCCCCAUCUUCUUCAGGGGAACUAGGUGGAUCCAAAACUCUGAGAACACAGACUCAGCCCAUCGUUGCCAGCGCAGACACGUCCACUCCUCUGGAGUGCUCCUCUGACACCCUAAAUAUGAUACGUCAGGAGGUAGGCCCCCCACUUCCGCCUCUCCUUGCCCCUCUGAUAGCGACACCGCCCAGGACUCUGCGACCUGUGUCCCCUCUGCGAUCCAGCUGCAGUCCUUCCUCGCCAGCCUCUCCCCUCAACCAGGCUUCUCCGCUGGGUGACAUACCCAUGUCUCCUGUGACCUCGCCUUUGCCAGAAGAGGCCGGGCACCCUUCUCCUGCCUGUGUUGCUCCGUCCCCGUGCACAGCCCCGGCCAGUGAGCGGGUGCUGUCCUCCCCUUUGCAGUUCUGUGCUGCCACACCAAAACAUGCACUUCCCGUGCCUGGCCGCCUGCCCCCGCUGGCACCUGGCCACACUGCUGUGGGGGGCCCUCCAGAGAAUUCUGUCAAAAUUCUGGACACCAUGUACCCCGAGCUGUCUGCCCGGGCCCGGACCCUCAACAUUCUGAAAGGGAACAUCCAGCUCACCAGAGGCCCGCCUGCCGACGCCAAGAGCCUGGCAGGUCCCGUCAGUACCCUCACAGGCUUCAAGGCCAUCACCUCCACGGCCACAGCGUUUGUGAAGACUGGAGGCAGUGUCAGCAGUGACUGCUGCCCAGAGAAGUCACGAGAUCAGGGGACUCAGCAGGACUCUGCCGGAAAGAGGACGUCAGCGCCCCUGCUACGGAGUGCUAAGAGAUUACGGCUGGAUGGUGAGGCCCAUGCGUCAGAAGUCCGGACAGAAGGAGCUGGCCGGAACCUCCGCAGGAGGGGCCCUGCGACGGACGCUGUACCAGCAAACAGGGAGGGGAGCUGCUUUGUUCCACAUGUCAGUACAGCCACCCAGCUGGCGCCAAACCCCAGAGAAACUGUGGAGUCGCAUGACCAAACCAUAGCAAAUGCGCUGAGGAAAAUCGCAGAGUCGUCUUUUGAUCUGUUACCUGUCAUCCGGAGCCAUGUCUAUGUGGGCAACAUCUCCAAAAAGCCUGUCAUGAGAGACCAAGAGAAGGAAGUUGUUUAUGAGUUCAGCACGACAAAGAAGCAUCUGGCAGAGUGCUUGCUUCACUCUAUCCUCUCAGAACUAAACGUUCAGAAGACAUCUGCAGACCACAGCUACGUCCACGCCCUGUGCAGAGUGUACGUGGGCAUCUGCCGGCAGCUCGGAGACUUGGAGAGGGCCCGCCUGUUUUGCUACAGCAUACUUAAGGAAGAUUUUCCCGAGUCUGACAAAUUGACUUUAUUUAUUGCAAACAUGUGGCAUGACAUAUUUAUCUCCCAGUCUGUGAUUAACAAAGCUAUGCAGCUGGUGGCUCGGCAGCGUGCGAAAGGCGAGGUCCUGAACUGUCUCAGAGCUUUCCUCAACUGGGAAAAGAAUGCUCCUGUAGAUGUUGGCAUCAUGGUCUCCAAGCUCCUUUUGACAAUACAGUUAUGUCCAAAAAUGGAAUUCCAGUCAAGCGAGAAGUUUGGUGAAGACCUGAGUGAUAACGCGUGGGAAUAUAUUUUUGCCAUUGAUCUUCUCUGCUGCCAUCAGAAGUGGGUCUGGACACAUGACAACAUCAUAAGCAAGGAGCUAUGGCCUGUUAUGGACAAAUGGAUCAAGUACAGGAAGGGACACGAGAACAUCACUUACACCCCUGAUGUCAUCAUUGCGUCUGUGCUGCGGCUCAUUGGGCGCCUGGGCCAGCUGGGUCUGAAGGAAGGCUUUCCAUCCGCUGUGAAGAAUAUUAGCUCUGUGAUUGGAAUGUUCAUUCAGCACGCGCACAAUGAAGACAUCCCCUGGGGUGUGCAGCUGGCCGCUGUCUACGCGCUCUGUGACCUGAGCCCCAGCAACCCGACAGGGAUAUCGAGGAUCCUGGAGACCUGGCGGAAGGAGGCAUCCCAGAGCGUGCCGGCUGCCAUCCUCACCUCCCUGCAGGAGGCCGGCGCCCUGUGCACGGAGGAGCAAGGCUAG